CCUCAGUUUUCCUCGCCACCAACAGGCACCCAUCCACCCGCACACGCCUGAUUGAAUACAUCCUCAGAGAACGCUACUUUCCUUUCUUUUAAUCUCACAAAGGCUCUUAAUUGAGCCCUGUUGGCCUCGUUCUCAUUUAUUUUCUUCGGUACAUAUGUCGGAAAUUGGGGAACAAGAUACAUGUCGCAUUUGCAGCGCUCCGGCUGAACCAGACCAACCUCUAUUUCAUCCAUGUAAAUGUUCCGGAACGAUACGGUACAUUCAUCAAGAUUGCUUAACGACAUGGUUAUCACACAGCAAGAAAAAAACUUGCGAUGUCUGCAAACACCAAUAUUCAUUCACAAAAGUUUACGCGCCUGACAUGCCCUCCACGCUCCCACCUUUCUUAAUGUUACGACAGCUGGUUAAGCAAGUCAUAUUUGCAAUAUUAUUCGGCUUCAGAGCCUUUGCAGUGGCUACAGUAUGGCUUGCGGUUGUUCCUCUCAUCACGGUUUGGUCGUGGCGAAUGUACUUCGCUUUGGGGGACAAUACUGCAUGGUGGGUCAGUGAUCGCCCCCGCCCACCUUCAUCUCCCGACGGAUAUGCGGCUGGUCUAUUUAGCAUGGGACCAUAUCAGUAUCACGUCAUUGCCAAAGCCAAGGAAGAAGCUCAGCGCGCUGCGCAAGCAGCCGCGACGCCAUUUUCCCAACCUCAAUUACCAACGUCUGAAGAAGACCCUCCUCUUUUUUCGUGGCUUUUCAAUCACCCAGUCUGGCUAUCUGUUUCUUCAGACAUUUUCACAGGUCAAAUAAUCGCUUCACUCGUCGUGUUGACUUUUGUGGCGACAUUCCUUCUUCGGGAGUGGAUCGCACAAAAUGCAAGGCCUGGUGUAUUUGACGACGAGGUUGUAGGAAAUGUUGACGACGUGUUGCAAGUACCGCCACGACCACCUCAAGCAGCCCGACGACAACUAGAUGUAAACGCCCGACUUGUGUUGGCACAGAGGCAGAUUGAAGCCAUGCGCGCUCUUGAUGCCAUGCUUGCAGGCCGUGAUGAGGAACUGGCAGAUUUCAAUCUUGACAGAAGGAGAGACCCCGAUGAUCUGGAUCGCUUCGCUGCCCUUCGAGCCAGAAGAAGACAGAGAAAUGCCACCAAUGGUCCAGGGGAUAUUGGUGCUGAACGCGACGUCAAACAAGAGAGAAUACGGAGACGGAAUUUUGCGCGACGUUUGCACGCUGCGAGGCAAAGCGGCGCUCGCAGGAAACACGAACUGGGUGGUUUAGUUGCAGCACAGAAUCCAGUAGAAAACCAAGUCGUUGAUGAAUUUGCAUUACCACCUGAUGGCUCUCCUGGUCCUGCGUCCUCUGCCAAUUCACCUUUAAGUGGCAGUUCAACCCCUGCCUCUUCGACGCCGUCCUUAAAGCCCUCCUCACCGUCUUCAACAUUUUUCCCCGAUGUAACCCUUGAGCGGCCGAAUGGGUCAAUACCAUUUUCGUUUGUCUUUCCGCCUCCCGGCGGAGCCGCAGGUCCGUCAUCCUCGUCCUCGUCUAAUCACACGGACACCAGCAAUAUCCCCCCACCAAGCUACUCAGACAAUGUUUCAAGUACCUUCGCAUCACCCCCAACAUCGCUACCAAGUCCGAUCCGCCGACCUCCGAUGCCUGCUACCAUCUUCCCAAUAUCUGGCCCAUCUACACCCGGCACUACAUCCGCGAGAACGCCCUUAGCUUCACCCAGUUUAGCUACCUAUCGAGCACCAGAGGAUCUUGAUGUAGAGGAUGAAUAUUUUGGAAGGAAUGCGACAGCAGGCCCCUCAACUACGGCUGAGUUUGAAUAUGACGCCAAUCUUCAGUUCAACCAUUUCUUCAAAGAUUCAUCGACAACUCCCGAUAUCUUUGGGGAAGGAACGUUGAUAGAUGAAGUCGAUGAAGCUUUGCAAAUACCUUCUCAGGCACUACAAGAAGAGGAAAGUGAGACGGAAGACGACGAGGAAGUAGAAGAGGAAGCUAAUCACCUACCGCUACCAGAGAAUAUUCAAGAUGAAAUCGCUUUCGAAAUCUUGCAGGGGCUUGAUGCUGAGGAAGAUGAUGAAGACGAAGAUGAAGACGAGGGUGGAGAACCUGACCACGAGCAUUGGCAUGCAGUGGAGAUGAAUAACGGUGCGCCUGGAGAUGUGGCAAAUGUAGCCGCUGAUGUUCCAAACGGCAACGGGUUUGAUGAAAUGCAACCUAUUCUUGCGGAUCCUUUAGCCGCAGAUGUCAAUGAUGAAUUGGAAGGCGGUGUAGAAGAUGAUAUGGACGGUGCGAUGGAGGCUAUCGGAUUAAGAGGGCCCUUCUACGGCGUUUUCCAGAAUGCUGCCCUCAUGAUAUUCCUAUUAGACACGGCCAUAGGCGUCGGAAUCUGCCUGCCAUUUACUAUUGGAAAGACCACGGCGUUACUUUCUCUUGACCCCACCCGGCUAUUACAUCUAGCACAUCUACCAAUCCGCGCUAUUCGUAUCCUGACAGAUCCUCUCGUCGAUGGCAUCAUGUAUCUGUUAGGACACUUCGUCCUUCCGCCAUACCUCCGCUUGGGUCAUUUCAUCUCCGAUCUCUUAGUGACCAUGACGUUCUGGACGAUCAGAGUAGUUUUGGGCCAAUCUCGUGCUGAAUCGGCAAAAGGCGCCUGCGUAGCGACAUACGGCGCUUUGCUUGACGUUACCAAUUGGUCGAUUGGUUAUAUAUCCUCAAAGACCGUCGAUCCUGAAACUCUUGCGACUCCCGCUCCCACGUCGUCAUGGUUUGAUCGCACUUUACCAGUUGUUUUGCACGUCAUUGAACCCUAUUUUGCACCCAUCGGGAAGGAGGUUAGAGUAGGUUCAUCCGAAAUAGUGGAUGGUUGGAAACAGUUCGCUACCGGAGACGGCCCAUCUGAAAGGGUUUUCUCUGUAGCGUUGGGUUAUAUCGUUGUGGCAGUCAUACUCGGGUUGUACCUCAAUUUCUUGACUGUGAGUAAUGUCAGGACUGCUGGACGUGCAGUUAGAAAUGCUAUCCGGCAGCAACUUCUUGUUCUCAAAGUUGCUACUUUCAUAUUCGUGGAGCUGGUGGUAUUCCCCUUCUGUUGUGGUAUCGUGUUGGCCAUCUGUACGAUCUGGUUGUUCCCAGAAGCCAGCCUUGCAUCCAGAGCGACUUUCUUCUAUCAAGCACCCUUGACCGCAGCGUUUUACCACUGGAUUGCGGGUACCAUGUUUAUGUAUUCGUUCGCAGUGUUGUUAUCGGGCUGUAGGAGUAUUAUACGUCCAGGAGCGAUGUGGUUCAUUAAGGACCCUCAGGACCAAAACUCUCACCCGAUUCGAGAUAUUCUUGACAGACCGACUCUUGUCCAGUUGAGAAAGAUUUUUGUCAGCGGGAUCAUGUACUCGUUUGUUGUCGUAUGCACGGUGGGAAGUGUAGCCGGUCUUUUGCUCAUCGGGUCACGGUCCAUCAUGCCCUUUAGAUGGAAGAAUAGGGAACCCUUGUCAGAUGUGCCCAUCGAUCUACUGUUCCUGCACUUUGCGCUACCAUACACCAUGGUGUACUUCCGACCACGAAAAGGCCUAAAAAAGAUUGCUGGUCUGAUUUGGAGAUAUUUAGCCGCAAGGUUCAGGUUGACAUCGUACUUCUUCGGUGGUCGCCAUGGUGGGGAGGAGUUUACACCGAGAGGGUGGAGCUUCAAUAUAUUCCGAGCGAGGACUAAUCGUGACGCAGUGUUGGCUGAUUACGAUGGAACCUUUAGGCGGGUGCCGAAUACCGACCAUCUUGCUUUACCGAGGGACAUGCGCGCUACAGUUGCUGUUACACCAACAGGUGAACCGGUCGACGAUGCUGCGAGGCUCUUGAUGGCCCAGCAAGAUGCAGAGACUUUGAAAUCUAAAAGAGUCAUUCAAGAUGAUUAUACAGUUGUCUAUCUCCCCCCUCAGUUCCGUUAUCGUGUUAUUUCGUUCAUCGCUACUGUAUGGGUCGUCGGAGCUCUCUGCAUCGGGCUUGUCGUUGGUAUUCCGAUACAACUUGGGCGAAGUUUCUUCAAGCUCUUCACACUGAAAGAAGUUCAUGAUGGAUAUUCCAUAAUUGCGGGCUUUUACUUGCUUUGGGCAUGUUAUCUUGUCGGUCGGUCGAUCGAUAGAUUGGAUAAACGACGACAAAGGAGGGGGCAUGAGGGGCCUCGAGCUGCCCUGUGGGUUCUGGUCGUCAAACGUGGACUCUUGUGGAUGGCGAAAUCGGCCUAUAUGAUCUUCUUCUUGGGUAUCGUUAUACCUGUACUCAUCGCCAUCGUGGCAGAUCUUUAUAUGGUCAUGCCUAUUCGACUUUUCUUGGAGCCUAACUGGAUACCGCGUAUACGAGUCGUUGACGAGUGGGCGCUGGGAUUGGUGUACAUGAGAAUUGUCCUACGGGCUACCCGAAUCAAUCGUGAACAUCAAAUUGCGCGAGGUCUUCAACAAAUCAAGCAUAAUGGAUGGACUCAUCCUGAUCCUAUCGCCGCUACCAGGGAUGUCAUAAUACCUCUGGUUUCAGGUUUACUUGGAAUGAUAUUACUUCCUGGUGCUGUAUUCCGCGGAAUGCAAUAUCUAAUUCCCUCUUUCAAUGUUGACAAUCGAUCCAUGUUCACUCAUGUUUAUCCCGGGAUAUUCAUCGUCGCAGCUUUCGGGCGAUCCUCUCUCAUGUUUAACGACGCGCUUGGAAAUUGGUCACAGACUGUGAGAGACAAGGAGUUUCUAGUAGAGAUGAGGUUGAAGAAUCACGAGCCUAUACACCCGCCUUCGCAGGAUACGGCGAGUCGUCUAGAUGAGAGUGGGGUUGAUCUCUCAGAUUAAA